GAACCUCUUUCAGAAUGCACCUCCAUAGGUGAGAUCCUCAAACACCAGAAGGAAUAACUUUUUUUUGUUUGUUUAUAUCUUAAUUUUUUUCUCUGAGGGAGUCCACUCCUGUCUGUCAGGGCCGCCCUCAGAUGCAAAUAACCCAGGAAGACGACUUUGUUCAGGACUUCUCCACGCCGACUGCAGAAGCUCUCCAGUCCGACCGAGGCGCCGGAUCUCCGGCCAACAUCAUGUGCAGUGAGUGCUACGUGAACCAGACGUUUGUGCACGAUGAUGGGACCGUGAGAGAGCACAGAUUACGUUCCUCUGCAGCUCCACUUCAGACUAACAGAGGCAGCAGCAGCAGCAGUGGAGUUAUCUUAGACAUCUCUGCUCUGAAGAUGGAGCAGCUGGAGAGCGAGGUGCCUCCACUUCCACCCCGCUUCCGCUUCAGGGACCUGCUGCUCGGGGACCAGAACUUCCCAAAUGAUGACAGGGUGCAGGUUGAGUUUUACGUGAACGAAAACACCUUCAAGGAGCGUCUGAAGCUUUUCUUCAUUAAAAACCAAAGAUCAAGCCUACGGAUUCGUGUGUUUAACUUCUGCCUGAAGCUGCUCACCUGCCUGCUGUACAUCAUCAGAGUGAUGACGGACAGACCUGGGCAGAGCGCCGGCGGCAGCCACAGCAACGCGCAACAAAACACUCCGAACGGCAACAACAAAUGCGUUGACUGCUUGUGGAACGGAUCGGUGCAGGACAGAGAAAUUAACUGGGAGUUGAUCUUCUGGGUGGACAGGAAGGCUCCAGUGUGGGCCAUUCAAGUGAUCGUGGCCAUCAUUAGCUUCCUGGAGACAAUGCUAUUAAUGUAUUUGAGCUACAAGGGUAACAUUUGGGAGCAGAUGUUUCAGGUGUCAUUUCUACUGGAGAUGAUCAACACAGUUCCCUUCAUUAUAACCAUCUUCUGGCCUUCGAUAAGGAACAUCUUCAUCCCUGUGUUCCUCAACUGCUGGCUGGCAAAAUGUGCUUUGGAGAACAUGAUUAACGACGUUCACAGAGCAAUCCAGAGGACCAACUCCGCCAUGUUCAACCAGGUCCUCAUUCUAAUCUGCACCCUGCUCUGCCUCGUUUUCACCGGCACAUGUGGGAUUCAGCAUCUAGAGAGAGCAGGUAAGCACCUCUCCCUCUUCAACUCCUUCUACUUCUGCAUCGUCACCUUCUCCACUGUGGGCUUUGGGGAUGUGACCCCCCGCAUAUGGCCCUCCCAACUGCUGGUGGUCAUCAUGAUCUGUGUGGCUCUGGUGGUGCUGCCUCUCCAGUUCGAGGAGCUGAUCUACUUGUGGAUGGAGAGACAGAAGUCUGGAGGGAACUACAGCCGCCACAGAGCUCAGACAGAAAAACACGUAGUUCUGUGUGUCAGCGCACUCAAAAUAGACCUGCUCAUGGAUUUUCUUAAUGAGUUUUACGCACAUCCCAGACUGCAGGACUACUACGUGGUGAUCCUGUGCCCUACUGAGAUGGACCUGCAAGUGCGAAGGGUGCUGCAGAUUCCUCUUUGGUCCCAAAGAGUCAUCUAUCUGCAGGGGUCUGUCCUCAAAGAUCAAGAUCUGCUGAGAGCCAAAAUGGAUGACGCAGAGGCUUGUUUCAUCCUGAGCAGUCGGAACGAGGUCGAUCGAAUGGCAGCGGACCAUCAGACUAUCCUGAGAGCUUGGGCGGUAAAAGACUUUGCUCCAAACUGUCCUCUUUAUGUCCAGAUACUCAAACCUGAAAAUAAGUUUCAUGUGAAGUUUGCAGAUCAGGUUGUGUGUGAGGAGGAGUUCAAGUACGCCAUGUUGGCUCUCAACUGUGUGUGUCCUGCCACUUCCACUUUGGUUACCCUCCUGGUACACACCUCCCGUGGACGAGAAGGCCAGCAGUCUCCAGAGCAGUGGCAGAGGAUGUAUGGGUGUUGCUCUGGCAACGAGGUCUACCACAUUCGGCUGUGUGACAGCAAGUUUUUCGGAGAGUAUAAUGGCAAAAGCUUUACGUACGCCUCUUUUCAUGCUCACAAGAAGUAUGGGGUAUGUCUUAUUGGUAUCAAAAGGGAGGAAAACAAGAGCAUCCUGCUGAAUCCUGGCCCGCACCACAUAAUGGCUGCCGCAGACACCUGUUACUACAUUAACAUCACCAAAGAGGAGAACUCAGCCUUUAUCUUCAACCAGGAGGAGAGAAAAGGCCGUCCUGCUGGGGGAAUCUAUGAUGGGCCUUCACAACUCCCAGUGCACAGCAUCAUUGCCAGCAUGGGUACUGUUGCUAUAGAUCUUCAGAACACAAGUCCACCAAACAUUUCUGGGGGCAAGCUGGUCCCCCCUACAGUAAACGGAGCAGGUCGACGACCGAGCAUCGAUCCAGUUCAGGAAAUAGCCGACUCAGCCUCCAUCCUGCCUUGUGACCUCUUAAGUGACCAAUCAGAAGACGACACCGUCUUUACAGAUGAAAAGGGACGCUCAUCGACCGAGUAUGUGAAAGGUUAUCCUCCCAACUCUCCGUACAUUGGGAGCUCGCCCACCUUGUGCCAUCUGUUGGCUGAGAAAGCUCCAUUCUGCUGCCUACGACUGGACCAGGGCUGCAUGCACAACAGCUUCGAGGAUGCAAAGGCUUACGGUUUUAAAAACAAGAUCAUCAUCGUGUCAGCUGAGACGGCGGGGAACGGUCUCUAUAACUUCAUCGUGCCUCUCAGAGCUUAUUACAGACCCAGAAAAGAGCUCAACCCCAUUGUCUUGCUGCUGGAUAACCCGCCUGAUAAUCAUUUCCUGGAGGCCAUUUGCUGUUUCCCAAUGGUGUAUUACAUGGCUGGAUCCAUAGACAACCUGGACAGCCUUCUCCAGUGUGGUAUUAUCUACGCUGAUAACUUGGUUGUCGUGGAUAAAGAGAGCACAAUGAGCGCUGAAGAGGACUACAUGGCUGAUGCCAAAACGAUUGUCAAUGUGCAGACAAUGUUCAGGUUGUUUCCCAGUCUCAGUAUUAUCACGGAGCUUACUCAUCCAUCCAACAUGAGGUUCAUGCAGUUUAGAGCAAAGGACUGCUAUUCACUGGCUCUCUCCAAGCUGGAGAAGAAAGAGCGUGACAAAGGCUCCAACUUGGCCUUUAUGUUUCGCCUGCCCUUUGCUGCAGGCAGAGUGUUCAGUAUCAGCAUGUUGGACACUCUCCUCUACCAGUCUUUUGUUAAGGAUUACAUGAUUCUUAUUGCAAGGCUGCUUCUAGGACUGGACACCACCCCAGGAUCAGGAUAUCUUUGUGCUAUGAAAAUAACAGAAGAAGAUCUGUGGAUCGGCUCUUACGGGAGAUUGUUCCAGAAACUUUGUUCCUCUAGUGCUGAAAUUCCCAUUGGGAUCUAUCGCACAGAGUACCACAUUUUUGCUACUUCUGAGUCACAGGUGUCAAUGAGCGUUGAUGACGGUGAGGACACGAAGGACAGGGGGGACGAGUCUCGCAGCAACGACCCGACGGAUCACCCCCUGCUGAGGAAGAAGAGCAUGCAGUGGGCUCGGCGUUUGAGUAAGAAAAGCGUGAGGUGGCAGGGGAUGAACCGGGACUCAAGCAAAGACCAUGCUCAACGCAUCGCCCAGCAGCGCCUCAACCUCUACAGGCGCUCUGAGAGGGAGGAGCUGUCUGAGCUGGUCCGAAACCGCAUGAGGCAUCUGGGCCUCCCCACCUCCGGAUAUGAUGACCUGACUAACCUGACAGCCAGUGACGUCAUGAACAGAGUCAACCUGGGAUAUUUACAAGAUGAGCAGAAUGAUCAGCAGAACACACUGUCCUAUGUUCUAAUAAACCCUUCUCCUGACACUAGGCUGGAGCUCAAUGACAUUGUGUAUUUGAUCCGUUCUGACCCUUUGGCUCACGUCCCAGAGGAGCCACCUAUCCACAGCAGCAGCCUGAAAGAGAGGCACGAGUCCAGCACCAGGGAGGACACCCAGAGACGACACAAUGUUUGCCUUUAA